UCAAGAAUAACAGAAUCCAUUCGAACAGGUCAGGAAGCUAGUCGCUAUUGCUGCUCUAGGCGACUUUGUGCCUGCUCCUUCUCUCCGAUUGUCUUGACCAUGGACCAGCAGCAUCAGGCGGGUGACCUGAACUGGCGCCUCAGUGCGCAUCCGAUCACCCUGCUAUUCUUCCUGGGCUUCCGCAUUGGUGCACUGUUGAUGUAUCUGUUUGGUGUCCUCUUCAUCCGGAACUUUGUCCUCGUCUUUAUCCUCACUCUGCUUCUCCUGUCCGCGGACUUUUACUAUCUCAAGAACAUCGCCGGCCGCCGGUUAGUCGGUCUGCGAUGGUGGAACGAGGUCAACACUGCCACGGGUGACUCGCACUGGGUCUUUGAGUCGUCGGAUCCAAACGUUCGCACCAUCAAUGCUACAGAUAAGAGGUUCUUCUGGCUGAGUCUCUAUGCAACUCCGGCGCUGUGGAUCGGACUGGCUGUUUUGGCCAUUGUGACUCUGAGCAGUGUCAUCUGGCUGAGUCUAGUCGCCAUCGCCCUCGUUCUGACGAUUACCAAUACGGUGGCAUUCUCUCGCUGUGAUCGGUUCGGUCAGGCUUCAACAUUUGCCAACCGGGCGUUUGGUGGAAGUCUCAUCAAUAACAUUGCUGGAGGCCUGCUGGAUUCUUGUGAAAGAUAUCACUGUAGGUUUAAUGAAAUGGAGCUUCAAUUAUCAAUACCCAUGUCACAACGUGGACAGGUGGGUGUAUACAGCACCCAAGAGAUCGCUAGCCGCCCUCAUUAUUAUUUCCUAAUUCCUAACAAGCAUACAAACAUGGCUUCCCUCACACACUGCGACUACACGGUCGCCUGGAUAUGUGCCCUACCGUUGGAGCUGGCUGCUGCGAAGGCCAUGCUCGAUAAAAUUCACGAUCCGUUGCCCCAACCACCGACUGACCACAACAUCUACACCCUCGGCACCGUCAGCGGUCACAAUGUGAUCGUGGCCUGCCUUCCAGCGGGCGUCUACGGCACAAUAUCCGCUUCGACGGUGGUAUCUCACAUAACCUCCACCUUUCCGGGUGUUCGCUUUGGAUUGAUGGUCGGCAUUGGAGGAGGGGUGCCCGGAAACGCAGCUGAUAUUCGACUUGGCGAUGUGGUAGUCAGUCAACCGACAGGCCUCUCUACUGGUGUUAUUCAGUACGACUACGGCAAGGCACUUUAUGACGGUCAGUUUCAACGAACUGGCUCACUCAAUAAACCUCCACCGGUGUUGUUGAAGGCAGUGUCUCAGAUGCAAAGCGACUGCAUGACAGGGAAGAACCCAGUUAAUAAAAUUAUGACAGACAUUCUGCAGAGCAACCACGCAUUGGGAGAGCAGUUUUCCCGACCAGAGUCUGACUGGCUAUUUAAACCGACGUAUCUUCACAAGGGAGGGUCUCUUGAUUGUUCAGGGUGCGAUCAGAAGCAGCUUGUGAAUCGCGCCCCGCGGGCAGCUGGUGAGCAUUAUAUCCAUCCGGGCCUGAUUGCUUCGGGUGAUCAGGUCAUUAAGGAUGCUAAGCUUCGCGAUUCGAUUGCUCAGGAAGUUGGAAUUCUUUGCUUUGAAAUGGAAGCAGCCGGGCUUAUGGAUGAGCUUCCAUCACUCGUGAUUCGAGGCAUUUGUGACUAUUGCGACUCACACAAGCACAAAAAAUGGCAAGGAUAUGCAGCUCUUACUGCAGCUGCUUAUGCAAAGGCUCUCUUAAUCCUGGUUCCUAAGCACCACAGAGCUGAGAGCAUGCAAGAUCAUACAAAGAGAGCAGGCCAUUGGAUGAUCCCGUUUGGAAGAAAUCCAAGGUUUGUUGGCCGUCAAGACGUGAUAGCCAAGGUCGAGCAAUUGAUCCAACAACAGGAUGGAAACGGAUUGAGUAAGGUCGCUAUAUGUGGAUUAGGAGGAGUUGGAAAGACGCAAGUAGCACUGGAGCUGGCCUACCGCAUGCGAGAACGAGAUCCCGAGCGCUCAAUUUUCUGGAUUCCAUGUACUAGUGACGAGAGCGUUGAACAAGCCUACACUAGCAUGACGCAAAUUCUUGGGAUGCACGAUGUGAAGCCAGCAGAGGCCAAAGAUCGAAUCAAAGGUUAUCUCAGCAAAGAACAUGCUGGAAAGUGGCUUCUUGUCUUUGACAACGCGGAUGACUACCGUAUGUGGAUCCGAGACAGCGGCGAUGCCACCACUUCAGUACUCCGGUACUUUAUACCCCAAAGCGAGAAUGGCUGUAUUCUUUUCACCUCACGGAAUCGAAAGCUCGCGGUGAAACUGGUGAAUCAACAUGUGAUACCAGUCCAUAGUCUAGACCAAAGGACUGCUGCGGAUAUGCUGAAGAGAUCACUCAUUCAGUCAAGCCUAAUUUAUGACAGCUACGAAACAACUCUCAACCUUCUUGACCAGCUGACAUAUCUCCCGUUGGCAAUUACACAGGCGGCGGCAUAUAUCAAUGAGAAUGAUAUAGGACUGGCCGAUUAUAUCGCACUUCUACAAGAACAGGAGCCAGAUGUCAUAGAGCUCUUGAGCGAAAACUUCGAGGAUGAAGGCCGAUAUGCAGCUAUUCAGAAUCCCGUCGCGAGUACCUGGCUGAUUUCAUUUCAACAUAUCCAGCAGUUGAAUGCACUGGCUGUUGAACAUUUGUUAUUUAUGGCUUGCAUCAACCCGCGCGAUAUCCCACAGUCACUACUACCACAGUCUCCAUCUCAGAAAAAGAGAGUUGAUGCUCUGGGACUCCUCAAAGCUUAUUCCUUCAUUACCGAGCAGACAAGUGAUCAUUCCUUAUAUCUUCAUCGACUGGUACAUCUUGCGACUCGAAAUUGGAUGAGACAAGAUCAAAGAUUUAGCCUGCAAACAUCGAAAACAGCCCAGCUUUUAUGGAAAGCUUUACGGGAUGUCGUUUGCAACGAGAAUCGAAAGCUAUGGCGCCGGUAUUUACCUCAUGCACUAUUUCUAGUAGGAGACAAUGAGUUUCAAAACCAGCAAGAGGACAACGCUGCGAAACCCCUAGAUCAAUCGCAAUGGAUGGAAGCAGAAGAGGUAGGUUUGCAAUUAUUAAAGGCCCAAAAGCAGAUCCUAGGGCUAGAGCAUGACAACACUCUGACAAGCAUGCACAACCUGGUUAUCACACAAAUGUCCCAAGGGAAAUGGGAGGAGGCAGAAGAAAUGAAUAUACAAUUAUUAGAGACCCAGAAGCAGGUCCUUGGGCUGGAGCAUUAUAAAACUCUGACAAGCAUGCACAAAAUGGCAAUCAUCUCCAAAUCUCUUGGGAAAGCCGAAGCUGCCAUAUCUCUGAUGGCUGAGUGUGUUCGCCUUCGAAAGAGAUAUUUACACCCUGACGAUCCAGAUACUAGCAGAUCCACCAGAACACUCAAUGGGUGGCAAGGCAUGAGCCACUUGAGCACACAUUCUUAUAUCGACGACUUUUCACUUGAGACACCCUGA